CAGGCGCGGGCGGGCUCGAGCCCAGCGCCGGUCUCGGCUGGCUGCCGCGCUGCCCCCUCCGCGGCAUGGCGCGCCUCUCCUGUGCUAGGAACCUCUCCCGCCUCGACUUCAUAAGGCAGGGAGGCGUCCUGCAGAUGUUCGCGGCGGGAAUUCCGCUGUUUGAUGGCUGGCAAUUUGCCCUUCCAGCUCGGCGUACAGACCGUGACGUACAACAUUGCCAAGCAGCUGUAGAACCGCGGGCAUUACAGCCACGCAGAGCCCACGGACGCCGUGAGCCCCAUCGUCUGAGUUACCAGGCAUCUUCUGAGACUCCUACUCCAGAUUACUCCUCUACAGCUGAAAGCGUGCAGAAUCCCUCGGACUCGGCGCGCCGGGUCGCUGUGUGAGGCUGCCAGUCGCUCUCUCCCGCCCCCCACUUCCAGGCGGGACGGGAUGGACGACGCCUCGUCCUCUCCGCCACGGAACGUUUAGAGGCCGGAACCUUCCGCCCGCCUGGGGGGGAAGAGGCGGGGGAAGAGAAAAGAACGGACGCGGCGCCGCCGCCAUUGCACAGGUUCCGCUCCCGCCGUCGCCGCCAUUCCCGGCCAUGUACCGGCCGGGAUUCCGCGCACCGACACCUCCCUACGCUGGCGGCGGCUUCCGGAGCCCUCCCUCCGGCGGAGGACCCCUGCCGCCCUCUCCGCGGGGCUACGGGAGCCCCCACCACACGCCGCCCUACGGCCACCGGCCUGGGCCGUACGGCAGCGGCCUCUCGCCCCGAGACCCCGGGUUCCACGGGCGCUUCGGGAGCCCCUCGGCGGGGGCGCAGACCCCGCGCAGGCCGCAGAGUGUCAGUCCCCGGUACCCGGCUCCGUAUGGCGGCGCGUCCCCUGCCGGAGCGCCUCUGCACCUGCCGCCGCAGCACAAGCGCUCGCCCGGCGGCUUCCAGAGGCACUUCCAGGGAUCACCCAGGACAUCUACUCCAUUUGGUACAGCGCAUGGCAGAGAGAAAAGAGUGUCUAAUGAUGUGGAAAACUAUUACAGACCUUCAAUGCUUGAGGACCCAUGGGCUGGCCUAGAGCCAGUGUCUGUUACAGACAUAAACCAGCAAUACAGCAGUGUGCAAACAACAUGUACUGCUAAAAAAGGGAGGUAUUUCAGCUAACACUUUUAAAGACCAAAUAAUUCCAUCUUUUGGGACAGAAUCUUUACACUUACACAAGAUGAACAAUAAUCAAGACCUUAGAUAAUACUUCUAUUUCAUCACAUGUCCACCCUUUUAUCCUACCUUUUUUUUAUUGCAUUGGAUAUUUUUACGUAUGGGAGGCAAAAGGAGUGGUAGAAAAACUUAUAUUUCUGGCUAUGUGGAAGUGCCUACCAGCUCUGAAGAACAAAGUGUUCUUUAAUCACCAGCGACUGAUUUGUGACUGUUAAAACAAGUUUCCAUAUACUUACCUCUCCCACGCCAGAUUGUUAGCCUUCUGUUGUAAAGUCUCUUAGGAAGUGGUAUUUUUUAUGUUUCAACAUUUUUAGAUUGAAAUAACUUGGAAAUAAAAUAAAGUUUUGUAAA